AUCUUCUGCUUUCAACCCGCGCUAGUACACAUCUUCGUCAUCGGCUUCCGUACAGUUCGUCUUUUAGACAAUCUCGCCCCCUUUCGUCAGCAAGUUUUUUCCUCCGACCACCAUGGCGGUGAUUAUGUCACGUACCCCUCCCGACCUCUGCCGCCUUCGCUGCGCGUUGCUGCUCGUCUUACUUCUCUCGGCCACCACCGUCCAUGCCCAUAAUGUGCUGAUAACCGCACGCGGCGGCCGCGCAUCCCGAGCUUCAUUUGUCACCGACCGUCGCGCGGCGUCCGUCGCUCGUCGCCUGCAUGAGCCAGCGACGUUCACAACACCGCCGAACCAGGCGCCCAGCAUCAAGCUCGCACCCUCGCAAUUGAGCGCGCUGCUGGAGCUGGACCGGGAGUGGGAGGGGUGGCAGCUGGACGCCUCGGCAGUGCUGUGCGGCGACUGGUGGGGCGUCACAUGCAACCGCCAGGGCAUGGUCACCCGCCUAGACCUUCCUGCAGAUGUCAUGUUCACCAUAAUGGGGGGCCUUCCUCAAGCCAUAGGCGCUUUCACUGCCCUCCAAGUCUUAGAUUUGGAGAGCAACAACCUGGUUGGCCCCAUCCCCAUGGAUGCGUUGAAGAAUCUCACCUCCCUGCGAGAACUCAACUUGUCCUACAACCGUCUCAACGGCAGUGUGGAGUUUCUUGGAUUCUUGCCAGCCUUGCAAUAUGUUGAUGCAAGCAUCACUCAGCUCAGAGGCGAGAUCCCUGCUUCCAUUGGCAACGCCACCAACCUCGCACACCUCGACCUGGCGGAUGUCAACAGCCUGAGUGGAGUCCUUCCAUCUACCUUCAGUCGCCUCACUGCACUCUCCUACCUUGACGUGAGCGGCACCGGGCUCGCUGGCGAGGUCCCUGCCUUCCUGGGUGAUGCCACCCGCCUCGUGCACCUUAACCUUGGUCUCAACAAUCUCAGAGGAAACCUCCCAUCCACUUACAGUCGCCUCUCUGCACUCUCCUUCCUCUCUCUUGCAUAUCUCAAGCUCGUUGGGCCAAUGGACGACCUCACAUGUCUCUCCUCGCUCUCUCGACUCCAACACCUAUCGCUGGCAGAUCUCAACCUGACUGCUGGGGAACUCCCUCCCUCUCUCUCCACUCUCACUUCGCUCACACAUCUUGACAUGGGCUACCUUAACUACACCAACCAGCCAUCAUGGAUUGCAACUCUCACCAACCUCCACCACUUGGAUGUGACUGCACCCGCCGGAUCCAACCGCUCUUCACUGUUCCCCUCGGGGUUAAUGGCGCUCACAAGGCUGGAUGCACUGCUUGCAAGCGGCAAUGGCUUCUCUGGCUCGCUUCCCAGCACCAUAUCUGUCCUCACCAACCUUACCAGACUGGAUAUCUCUUACAACCGACUUAGUGGAUCAAUUCCUGCUGCCCUGCCCUCAUUGGUUAACACUAUCCUGCUGCACCACAACGACCUGGAGGGCUCCAUCCCAAACUUUCUCGGAGCGGUGGACCUGUCUCUCAUAGACCUGAGCCACAACAGGCUCUCAGGGCCCAUCCCAGCGUCCUUCACACAGCUGACUGCCCUCAUCGAAGUAAUGCUCAGUCACAACCCUCUUUCUGGAGGCUUGGAUGUGCUCUCUCGUAUGCCGUGGCUGUACACCGUUGAUCUUGGCUCAUGCGGCCUCUCAGGCCCCUUCCCAGCCUCAUUCUCAAGCCUCACACUGCUAUUGCUUCUUGACAUGUCUAACAACAGCUUUACCGGAGAUUUCCCCUCCCUUGUCCUACAGAUGACAAGCCUUCUGAUUCUUGAUCUGUCAGCCAACAAGUUCACAGGGCCAAUUCCACCACAGAUCGCAUUGCUGAGCGAGAUGGCUGCCCUCAACGUGUCCCACAAUGGCUUCACUGGAGUUGUCCCUUCUGGCAUCUUCAGCCUCUCCUUGCUCCAAACCUUAUCCUUGGCCUACAACCAGCUCCAGGGAACUCUUCCCACACGUCUCGUAUCCUCUGAACUCCUUCGCCUUGACCUUAGCAGCAACCAGCUCACCGGCUCCCUCCCUGCCUCCAUUGCCCAGCUGCCCUCUCUGCAACUCCUGGGCCUUGGAGGCAACAAGUUGAGUGGCUCCAUACCUGCUAUUAUGGGGAGUCUUGCCAACCUCACAUCCCUGAACAUCUCUGGCUCAGGGCUGACCUGCCCUGCAGACGGCAGCAAGUGUGUGGUGCAGCAGAGCAAUGCCACCAGCUUCUGCAGCCUCUGCUUCUCCUUCUGCUCCUCCUGCACGCCCCUCAGGCUGGCAGCACCGACAACAGCACCCGCAUCAACUGCAGCACCAGCAUCAACUGCAGCACCAGCAUCAACUGCAGCACCAGCAUCAAUUGCAGCACCAGCAUCAACUGCAGCACCAGCAUCAACUGCAGCACCAGCAUCAACUGCAGCACCAGCAUCAACUGCAGCACCAGCAUCAACUGCAGCACCAGCAUCAACUGCAGCACCAGAAUCAACUGCAGCACCAGCAUCAACUGCACCAUCAGUGCCUCAGGCACCAUCUGCCCCCUCCCAGACUCCUGCCUCCUCUCCUCCCAAGCCUGCAUCUGGCCUUUCCAUGCCCUCUGCUGCUGCCGUCAGCCUCACUGCAGCCAUUGCUGCUGCUCUCACGCUCCUUGCCUGUGGCCUGUGAAGAAAACUACUCGUAUUUCCUCAUGUCAAGUUCGGUUGAUAUGGGUGUGGGUUGAUAGGUUUAGGCAAAUGAGUUGGGCAGAUUCCUUCAGUUUGGCUUCGGGGGUUUUACCUGCAUUUGUGUGGAAUGCAUGCUGUUGUGUUCAUCACCUUGGUGUUCUAUUCAUACCUCUAGUCACCCCGAUAGUAGAGAGUGUUAAAGAUCAGACGACACGUCUUUUACUAGCGAGUUCGUUCAUAUGCAGUGGACCUUUUAUUUACAAGAUACA